UGGGAAAGGAUUGGGGAAGGGUAUAUAAGAGGACGAGGAGCGACAAGCCGGCAUAUCGGCUUCUCUCCAGCGCUGGGAAGGGAAAAGCAAGCCAUGCGGUCCUUCAUAGCUAUAGCUUUCGUGGCGGCGCUGAGUGUCGCCGCAGCUGCGCCCGGAGGUUGCUGUGGAGGCGGCCAUGGCUCCUACGGCAGCAGGGGAGGAGGAGGCCAUGUAGGGGGAGGCGGUGGCCGUGGCGGCGGUGGCAGGAUCAUUAAGGCACAGCUUGUCGGCGUUGGCACUCUUCCCAGCACCGGUGGAGGCAGCCAUGGGGGCACUGGGGGAUAUGGCACCCGAGGCGGUGGUGGACACAGGUUCUCCAGAGGACCUAGUAUUGUCCAAGCUCAGCUGGUCGGUGUUGGCACUCUCCCGAGCAUCGGUGGCACAGGCGGUGGAGGUUAUAGUUCGCAUGGAAGCGGAUCGAGGAGCAGCUUCGGCAGAUCCAGAGUUCCGCAAAUUGUGAAAGCACAGCUGGUCGGUGUUGGCACUCUCCCGAGCAUCGGUGGCACAGGCGGCGGAAGCUAUGGUUCGCAUGGAAGCGGAUCGAGGAGCAGCUUCGGGAGGUCCACAGGUCCGCAAAUUGUGAAAGCACAGCUGGUCGGAGUUGGCACUCUUCCCAGCACCGGCGGCACAGGCGGCGGAAGCUACGGCUCUCACGGAGGAGGAUCUCGCGGUGGCCACGGCAGGUCGAGCGGCGCCAGCAUCGUCCGGGCUCAGCUGGUCGGCGUCGGCACCCUUCCGUCUGGCGGAGGCGGAGGACACGCUGCUUCGGCCGGCGGGGGAUACGGCAGCAGAGGCUGGUAAUGCGUGCUUUACGAAACCGAUCUGAAAGCGUUUCAGUGCGAACCAUUGUGACUCAAAUCCAAAUACAAUAAAACCCAGAAACCAA